AUGCAUUCUAAGGUCAUUGAGACAUCCUUGGGUGUGGAGAAGGCUCACGAUGAGCUGAUCGAUGACGAAGUCGCCGUCGAAAAGCUUGCAGCUUCAAAGACGUACGAUUACUCGGGAGCAGCAGGCAAGACCGAUCCUGCGGAAAUUGCCCUGGUGAGGAAGCUUGACUGGCGGAUCAUGCCUAUGCUUUGGGCAAUGUAUUUCAUGAACUAUCUGGAUAAACAGGCAAUUGCCUCAGCACGUCUCAACAAGUUAGAAGAUGAUAUCGGCCUCACGGGUUCUGAAUACAAUACCUGCAUUUCAAUUCUCUUCGUUGGAUACCUGUUGAUGCAGUUGCCCUCCAACAUGCUCAUGGCAUCUAAACGGGUUCGACCAUCGAUCUACAUGGGCUGUUGCAUGGCUGUGUGGGCUGUGUGCUCGGCAUGUACCGCUUUGGUGCAGAAUUAUCGUGGACUCGUGAUCGCUCGCUUUUUUCUGGGAGUCGCUGAAGCACCUUUCUACCCUGGUGCCCUAUUCCUCCUGUCAAUCUUCUACACACGAAAAGAGAUCGCCACUCGUAUUGCAAUUCUGUAUUCAGCCAACAUUCUCUCCACCGCAUUUUCUGGAUUGAUUGCGGCUGCCAUAUUUUCUACAAUCGACGGGGCGCAUGGAGUCGAAGGCUGGAGAUGGCUCUUCAUCAUUGAAGGAGUCGUCACGUUUGGCAUUGCGCUGCUGUCCAUGUGGGCCUUGCCCGACCAUCCCUCUUCGACACGGUGGCUUUCGGAGGGAGAAAUGGCAACAGCACAAGAGAGAAUUGCCCGGGAUACUGUUGAGAGAACAGAAUCUCAAAGCUCUUUUCAGAAUUUGAAAGUCGCAUUUUCAGACCCGCGACUCUAUCUUUUGGCUUUGAUGCAAAACCUCCAUCUCUCUGCCGCCGGCUUCAACAACUUCUUCCCUACAGUCGUCGGUACUCUCGGAUUUGAUCGCACAAUCACGCUAGUUCUCACAUGUCCGCCAUUCGUAUUCGCAGCAGUCUUUGGACCACUUCUUGCCCUCAGUUCCGGAAGAUUCAAUGAGCGGACAUGGCACAUCACUGCUGGAAUGGCAAUGGGGCUAGCGGGUUUUGUCAUAGCAGCAGCGACUCUUAACACGGCUGCUCGGUAUCUGGCCUGCUUCCUGUUCUCGGCUGGUGUUUAUUCCGUCAAUUCUUGCAUCCUGGGAUGGGUAUCGGCGACGCUCGGACAAACGGCAGAAAAGAAAGCAAUUUCCUUGUCGUUCGUCAACAUUAUGGCCAAUGCAUCUUAUAUCUACACUCCAUACUUGUACCCGAGUUCUGAUGGUCCGCGAUACCUACCAGCCAUGGGCGCCAAUGCAGGCUUCGCGGCGGGGACCGUCAUUUGUGCGUGGGGACUGAAAAUCUGGCUAAUGGCAGAAAACAAGCAAUUGAGAGCUAAUUUUGGUGAUGGUGGACUUGCCUAUGCCUACUGA